AUGUCACUCACGCGCAAGGCCAUCACGCUCGCACCGUCGGCGUACUCGCUCGCCUCGGGCGUCCCCGCCGCGCGCGCGCUCAACCUCGCCGCCAAAGGUGAGCCCGCUGCUCACGGCCACGGCGGACACGGCGCCGCCGGUCCGCGCGCAGACAAGCCCGCUGCGUUCGCGGGCAGGACCACCGUAGGACCCUUUGGCAUCACCAGCCAGUCCCGCGUCAACGGUGAGUCGCCGUUUGAGGGCGGCGUCGAGCAGGGGAUGGGAUCGGACGGGGCGGCGCGAAUCGCAACGGCCUCCGCCGUCUCGCCCUUCCAGUCUCGCUCCCUCUCGACCUCGGCCAAGACCCUCGAUGCCGCGUCGCAGGUUCCCGACUUCUCCAAGUACACCAAGGCGACGACCCCCGACUCCGGCCGCGCCUUCUCCUACUUCAUGGUCGGAACGAUGGGACUUGUCACCGCUGCUGGUGCCAAGUCGACCGUCACCGACUUCUUGACCAACAUGUCGGCUUCGUCCGACGUUCUUGCGUUGGCCAAGGUCGAGGUUGACCUCUCCACCAUCCCCGAGGGCAAGAACGUCAUCAUCAAGUGGCGCGGCAAGCCCGUCUUCAUCCGCCACCGUACCGCCGGCGAGAUUGAGGAGGCCAACAAGGUCGACGUCUCCAAGCUCCGCGACCCGCAGAAGGACUCGGAGCGCGUCAAGAAGCCCGAGUGGCUCAUCAUGCUCGGUGUUUGCACGCACUUGGGAUGCGUUCCUAUCGGAGAGGCUGGCGACUACGGAGGAUGGUACUGCCCUUGCCACGGUUCGCACUAUGACAUUUCAGGACGAGCACGCAAGGGUCCUGCGCCCCUCAACCUCGAGAUCCCCGAAUACGACUUCCCCGAGGACAGCAAGGUUGUUAUCGGUUAA